AUGGAGCGCAGGAUUUCAGCGCUUCAGCUUGACGAUGAUCACCUAGAGGAAGACAUUGGCACCACGAGCCCUUACCAACCUUUACAUUCCGCCUCUUCUCAAGCCAGCACGACCACGGUAUCCAGCCUUGCCCCAUCUGUAUCGUUGAACAGGGUCGAUUCUGGUCAUAGCUCAAACAGCAGUUAUGGCGGGACGCCGAUGAAGUACUUGGAUUCGUUGAACACGUUCCCGUCGACGUCCUCGACGACGUCGCUGAACGGGAUCGCCUCGAGGCAACGUUCGGCACUCGGAGUGGUCAAUUCACCUUCGGGGUCCACAAGUUCCCUCAAUCUGCCCAAGCCCGUACGACCUUCGAUGCAGUUGGCCAGAUCACAAACUUUACCUCGACGUAGUGGCGACAGGAGGGUCAGGAAAGGACCAACCAACGAUUUGAAUCUCGACGGAACUGUGGUUCAGAAACUCCAAAGGUGGAUUAUGGGCAUCGCUAUAGUGGAGUUUGAUAUAGACGAGGGUCCUAUAAUCUCUGGAGUUUAUCCCUCUCUGGAGACCCUACCGGCGGAGGAAGAGAAUAUGUUCGUGUUUCUCCCCUAUCCGCAAGCCCAAUCUGACGUAACCUCGGCAGAGCUUUCUCUGCCUUCCCGGAUUCUCUACAGUUUGACCAAGGAUCACAGGGACACUCGUUUCGCAUUAGAGAUCUCUCCGCUGGAACCCUAUCAGGCAAGCGACCUGCCACUCGUGAUGGCUAUAUCUAUGGGCCUCACUCGUCCUACUCACUCAACACCAAUAUCCGGCCCUAUACUCUUCACUAGUCUCCAUACUGGGUCCUCUCUUCCAAUCACACGGACUUCCAAUGCUAGAAUCCGCGUGUCACAACAUAUCCGGAUGCAAAGGUCGGAUCCUACCCCUGGUACUACCGUAGAGCUCGGAUUUUUGGGAUCGGUCCUCCAUGUCGAAAUUCCCCAUUCUAUUGAUGCUCAACAGCUUGCCGAGACCUCUUCAUUCAAUGAGAAGUAUAAUCCCAGAUAUCAUAUUCUGGCCACUUCUGCUCCUUUCCAUCCCCCACCACUACUUUUGUUCGAAGCUUGCCUGACCAACCUAUGGUCGAUAUGGGAGUGUUUGGUGCUGUGUGAACCGAUCCUUAUCUUCGGUUCUUCACCGGCGCAAACUAGCCAGGCUGUAUGGUGGCUUCGUGAUUUGUUGCGACCAAUCCCCCUGGCAGGCGACAUGAGGCCUUACUUCACAAUGCAAGAUGGUGACCAUCCGUUAAUGGUCAACAAACUACCACCGAAACCUGGCCUCAUUCUAGGAGUGACUAAUCCUUUCUUCGAGAAGUCGUGCGCUCACUGGCCCCACGUCCUGAGCUUAGGAAGAAACACGCCGACACCUGCUGCAGGCAAUAGCCCUGCUUUGGGAGCCACGACUGGUCCACCUCCUGGAUGGAGAACGAAGACACACAAGCGAUACAUCUCGAAGGAUCGCGCUCUUCUCAAACAAUUGGAAACCGCAUGCAGGGGGACUGACCGCGAUCGAAACUCCAGGCCUUGCUGCUUCACUAGAUUUGCGAAGACACUUCUGCUCAAGGACUACCCAACUAAUCACACCACUAGCAAGAUACCUCAACAGUUUGAUACCCACACCUCAAGAAGUGAAGAGUGCUCGCGGGCGAGGCUCAACAAACACGCUCCGGCUCAAGCCAUUCAACAAUGCCAACUUCCUCGCUUCGCUGAAGGCUCAUGGGAGCACUCUUCCGUUCAAGUCGACCAGUCGGCGUACAGAGUUCUACGAGAGAUGGCUUCGGUCACCGGCAUUCGCGACUUGGCUGGUGCAACAGGAGAGCAUCGUUAA